AGUACACAAAACUACUCCUCUAAUGCACUGCAGUUGACUCGACCAAGGUUGUGGUUCUCCUUGAAUAAGCGCCCUCCAGUCGUGCUGCUCGAGCUUAUCUCUCUUCUCCUCUUCUUCUCCUCUUGUUGGUGGCAAUCAACCGAAUCCGUCCAUUUAUUAUCUCCACCUCCACCAACACCACCACAACAACCACUUCUCCUCCAUCUCUCUCUCAUCAACCACAACAACCACAACAACAACACAAACAACACCAUCCAAAAAUGGCUUCCCCCCCACAAUCCCUCGCCUCCUCCCCCCGCACACACGCGCGACACACCUCGCGCCCCUCCCUCACCCUCGACAUGAGCAACCUCCCCCCGCUCACCCAACCAACCACCGCAUCCAACACACUGAUCAUAACGGACCUGAACGACCUGACCCUCUUCCAACCCCCCUCCCUCACCAUCCUCCGCAGCCAACUCUCCAUCCUGGGCCCUCUCAACUCAUUCUCCCCGCUUCCCUCCCUCCGGCGAAUCGUCUGCUCCUUCCAAACGGACGCCGACGCGCUCCGCAUCCGCAAAGACCUAACCGCAUCGCCACUCCCCCUGCUCAACCGCCCAACCCUCCACCCAAAGAUCUACUUCGGCGAGCCCACCCCCAUCCUCGACGCCUCGCGGCCCAAGCUCCUCGAAGCCCCGCAAGUUGACAAGCUGUUCUUCAUCAGCCCCCCGCCGUCCCCGCCGCACGGCUGGGUCAUGCGCCAGGAAGAUCCCCCGAAUAAGGAGGUACAUGCGACGGAUCUGGCGCUGGCGCUGGCGAAGUUGAAGACGGAGCAGACUGGUGAGGGCGAUGCGUACCCCGGGGCUUUCGAGCAGCAGCAGCAACAGCAGCCGGGGACGCCGAUGUCGAUGACCUCCGACAAACGCACGGGGAGCUGGCCCGUGUCGUUUUCGCAGACCCGCAGUCGGAGCAGCACGCUUAUCUUCCACCCCGAGGAGCAUGGCAGCAGCCCCAAUCUGCCGGCGGUCAUGGUCGAGGAUACCAGUGCCGGGGCCGCGGAUGAUAUAGAUGUCGAUGAUGUGGACAUGAGUCCCAUCGAGAUGGUCUCUGUGUCCAAGAUGCCGCCCAAGACGUCCCGCCCGCCCGUCGAGUUGAUGCAUUGAGUGAUUACACACACAGCACGCUGGCAUUUGUUUUCUUUUCUUUCUCCUUUUCUAUUCUUUCAUUCUUGCUGUACAGUUUGACGGUGUUAUUUCCAUGGUCGUUUUUUCAUUAUAAUGCUUGGGAUGCAUGCAUCGUUCGGCCAUCCGGGAUUUUGUUCUUACUUUUGCUUUGCUUUUGCUCUAUCUUACUCAUGGAUGGCGUUUUGGGAUGGAAUGGAGUGGAAUGGAACGGGAGAACGUCUUUGCGCGCACAUACUGGAUUCCUCAUGAAGCAUGUUUUCUUUCCAGCAUCGUUGGUUUGCUUUGAUCUUAGGUUGAUUGGGCCAGUCCGAUAUACAUACCUACCUACCUACAUACCUACAUACAUCGUAUCGUGGCAUACAUAAAAUUGAUGACCUGAACUCCUACUAGUCAUUUUUAUCACACUACCCCUCUCACUCACUCACUCACCCACUCACUACCUUACUACCUUACUACCU